AUGUGUACUCGUCUCUUAUUUAUCGUAUUCGUUGUGCUUGCCUACACAGUUGGUACAACCGUUCGUGUGAAAAAUAAAGGCGGUUAUUUGGCACGUUUUUUCGUCGAUUAUCAAACGAACAAAUCAUAUUGGAAUACAAAAGAGUCGGGCAUAUUUCCCGUAAGUGAAUCGAGAGAAAUUAAAUUGCCCUAUGCUGCUGAACAUGCUCGAAGUCGAAUUGAGAUAAUGAUGUAUCCACCAGAUUCUUUUGAAGAAAUUGUUCGUUAUGAAUUUAUCAAUAAUCAUACAACUGGUAACUUCAUUUGCAUUGACAUUUGGGGAAUCAUUUGGUUUCCACGAUGGUCAUUCGUCAACUGUUAA